AGCGCUCGGCAGACGGAGCGGAGCCGCAGCCAGCAUGGAGCGCAGGAAAGUCUUCGUGGUGCUCGAUGUGCUCUGCGUGGUGGUCGCUUCCCUGCCCUUCGUCAUCCUCACUCUGGUGAACUCUCCGUACGAGCGUGGAUUCUACUGCAACGAUGACUCCAUCCGCUACCCCUACAGGCCAGACACCAUCACCCAUGGGCUCAUGGCGGGGGUCACCAUCACCUGCACCGUCCUCAUUAUCUCCGCAGGCGAGGCCUACCUGGUGUACGCUGAGCAACUCCACUCCAAGUCCGAGUACAACAACUACCUCGCCGCCCUCUACAAGGUACUGGGGACGUUCCUCUUCGGCGGGGCCGUCAGCCAGUCCCUGACCGACCUGGCCAAGUACAUGAUCGGCCGGCUCCGGCCCAACUUCUUGGACGUCUGCGACCCGGACUGGUCCAAGGUGAACUGCUCCGUCUACAAGCAGCUGGAGAACGUGUGCCGGGGGGACGCCAGGAACAUCACCGAGUCCAGGUUAUCCUUCUAUUCCGGACACUCCUCCUUCGGGAUGUACUGUAUGGUGUUCCUGGCACUGUAUGUCCAGGCCCGGCUGAUCGGGAAGUGGGCCCGGCUGCUGCGCCCCACGAUCCAGUUCUUCCUGAUCGCCUUCGCCAUCUUCGUGGGCUAUACCCGGGUCUCCGACUACAAGCACCACUGGAGUGAUGUGCUGGUGGGGCUCCUCCAGGGGGCGCUCAUUGCCAUCCUCAUCGUCCGCUACGUCUCUGACUUCUUCAAGCAGCGUCCGCCUCUCCAGUGUGAGAAGGACCCGGAGCACAAGCCCAGCUUACCACUGACCAGGAGCGAGCCCGAUCACAACCACUACAGCUAUCCGGGAGCACCCUGAGCUGUGGGAGCUGGGGGGGCAGCGCUGCUGGACAGCUGAUGGCAGAUCCCAGGCCCCACCAGGCUGCUUGCCAGGGCUUUGGGGGGGGGGGGGGACUGGGAAGAGCAGCUUAUCUUGUUAAUUGGUUCCACGGCUAAUGAGUUCCUUAUUACUGCAUGGCGCCAUGGCACCCAAGGGACCCCCCCCAGGGGGAACCAAGCAAAGACUUUUAACGCUCAUAUAGAGCGCUGUGCGGUGGCCGAUGCCAGAUAAACCAGCCCUCCUGCCUCUCAGGUCCAGGGGCUUGGAUCCCUCCAUGAGUGGGUGGGUGGGUGCGUCUCGUGCUUCUGAGGGUGGCUUUCCAGCCCUCUGUGUGGAAGAGGCACAGGGGUGGGACUGCUUGUGAAGCGAAGAGUAAACUCCAUGCGAAGCCUGAGGUGAUGUGGUGCUGAGAGCAUCAAAUUAUAUUUGCGUUGAUGUCUCCGGAUCCUCGCUGGGACAAAACCUGGAGGCCGAUGCCACCGGAACAUUGCCGGGCUAACGCUUUGAGCCCGAGUUCUUCUCUGCAGCUUGAUCACCUUAAAAUAUUCCCAGUAACCAGCAGACGAUGCAAAUGAUCGAUGCCUGGGGAGGGUCUGCGCCCGUCACCCCUGACCCCGUCGUGCUGGAGUGAACUGCCCACCUGAGUUUGUGACGUGCCCUGGAUGCUCCGUAGGAAACUCUGCAGCCGUCUCAGCUGAUUUUCCCCCCCAUCCCCAUCCCCCCCAAUUAAAGAAUCUUCUGUGGUAAAGGAACUAAAUUGCAGUCUGGAGACGGACACGGAUUCUGGCCCUUUGAGAGAGCCCGUUCCCUGGUCCAGCUCCUGCUAACAACCUCGCCUCCACCACACAGGUGCCUCUGACACCGAGGAUACUUGGGCCUCCUUUUAAACAACAUACAUUUUCAUGACGAUGCGUUUUUGUAUUCAGUGUGUUUUUUAUUUUUAAAUUAGAUCAUCCUGAAAGAAUGGCAGUGUCAGGUCUAUUCUUUUAAUCCACAGAUGUUUGUGGCCUCGAAAUACAUAGGUUUAAAUGUUUUGUUUUUUUGUUUUUAAAAACGGGGGAUUUUUAUGAAACCCCAAAUUAAUAGAAACGUUUGCCUCAAAUUAUAGAUUUUUAACAUUUCAGUGGGAAUGGGUUUUGGGUUCUUAACAUCGAUACCCUCCCCCCAUCCCUUUCUUUGCUGGCUUUGCGAGGCAAGCCCCAGGAAAUUGGGCUAGGCUAUAUGAAAAUGACUAGAAACAAGAGUGAAUGAAACCGACCAGUUCUGACUUUCAGCAGAUCCUAGAGGAGUGACAUGUGAAAGGAAAACAAACGGGAGGAGUGAUGGAAAGCGAACACGGGCACGGGUCCUGCGGUUGGCUCUGUGUUAUGUGCUAGCGGCUCGGAUUGCACAAUUCAUGCCUCAGAUCCUGUAAACUUCAUUCGCUCUCUGUAUAUCCAUUUUCUUUUUUUAAUUAGGAUUUUUAACCUGGCUGCCCUUUUAAACAGGAGGUGGACCAAUGGGGAAACUGCCACCGUCGCUGAGAGGAAGCAUGGUCCAGGGGCUAGUGCCCUAGUCUGAGAUUUAGACCUGAAUUAAAUUCCCUGCUCUGCAACUGACUUCCUGUGUAGCCUUGUCAAGUUACUUGGCCUCUCUGGACUUCCAUCUAUACAAUGGCAAUAAUAGUACUAGCCUCCCUCACAGGGGGUGUUGUGGGGACCAAUACAUUAAAAAUGGUGAGGUGCUCAGAUACUGCAGUGAUGGGGGAUCAUAUACCUAAGAGAGAUCAGGAAAGUUUACCAGGUUUCUAGAUGGCUGUUAACUUCUUGUGCCUUAAAAGUUGCUAGAGCAAAGAAGUGCCGUAGGCCCUUUGCUAGGCAGAGGUGGUAACCAUUCAAGUUUCUUGGCUCUGUGUAACGGGACCAGGGUAGGAUUAUUAUUUUAUAUCGACAUUAAAAACAGCCUAAAAGCUC